AAAUCAUUCACUUUUCAGUCGAAUAAACAACAAUAUGUCAUUCAAAAUUGCCUUAUUCUGCGCUCAGGCGUUGCUCAUCCAGGCUAUUUCUAGCCAAUGCGUUGGAUCCUUCAACGCGUACCCAGAGGGCUAUGGCUGGCCAGGAUGCGAAGGCUGGAACUGGGCAGAGAUGAGCCUGCCAUGUGGUGAAUGGGGAGCCGCUGGUGCCCGCAUGCGCGCUGCUGAAUGGGAAAACGCUGCCCUUGCUGAAGCCAGAUACGGACUUGGAGGAUUCGCCCCCGCAAGCAUGGCCGCGUCCAACGGUGGUGGUCUUGCCGUGACAAGCUCCUCCCCCAUCGCGCCAAACGGUGUCUCCCUCCUCUCUGAGAACGCGUUCGAAGGUCCCCUCGCUGUCGCUGGUGAGAUCCCAUUCCUGGGUACCGUUGGCUUGGAAGGCGCUCUGCCAACCGCUGGUGCUGGUGGCGUUGCUUACAGCUGUGGAAACGGCAAUGUUGGCAUCUUGAACGAGGACUUGAACGGUCCUUAUGGAGCUGGUGCUUACGGUAGUGCCUACGGUGCUUACGGCGCUCCCUUCGCCGGUCCUCUGGCCGGUGCCGCGCUCUCCUCCGCUUAUGGCAUCAAUGGCUUUAAUGGCAUCAAUGGCAUUAAUGGCAUCAAUGGCAUUAAUGGCAUCACCCGUGGAUGCGGAUGCAGAAUCUAGGAAGUACCACAAUCACACAAAAUAAAUGUUUUGAAUGGUUA